GGGGAGGGAGGGGAGGGAUGGGGGGAAAGCAAGCUGGAGGACAGGACCGCAGCAGGGCCCCAAGCCCCCGGGCCUGGUGGGGGACGCGCUUCUUCCCACACCCUGAGCCUCAGCAGCUCCAGCCAGCGGACCCGACGGCUGAGAGGAGCCCCAGAACCAGGACUGGGGGAUUUGGAGCUGGGCAGAGACUUAACCCCCACAGCACCGGGAAGCAGCCAACUCCCCUCGCCUCCUUCCCCCUUCGUGGCUUGCGGUCUCUCUUCCCCGCCUCGGCCCCCAGGAAGUGAAGAUGUUACAGCCUGGUCCUCAUCCUCCCUCACCCCAAGCUGCUGCUCCUGGAGAAGCCUGGCCAGGCCCCUCUCAGGCUCCCUGGCAGAGCCUAGAGUGUCCUAACCGCUUUGGAGAGCGAUAACUUGAGUUAAAGCACCUGUCUGUGCCUGGCCUCCAGCAGAUCUUGGUCCAGUGUGAGUCCGAACUCUCUCAUUGGCCUCUCCCCAGGUUAUGAGGAGGUUCCAUUACAAAGAGUGUUACCUCACUUUUCAAAUGACUGAGGCCAGCUGCCAGUACCACCCCUGGUCCUUCGGCCAAUUCUUUAUGAAGCCUGAACCAGGACCCAGGCAACCUAUCUCCCAGUCCACUGCUCCUUCCAAAGAGAUGGGGAAUGGGGCAGGUGACAUAGAUGGACCUCUAUGGAAGGGCCAGAAAGGCAGGGCUCCUGCUGCCACAGAGGCAGAGUAGAAUAGAAUAGUGGUUAGGAACAAGGACCGGGCCCACUGCCUGAGUUUGAACACUGUUCUGCACUUAACUUGGAAAAUCACUUCACCUGUCUGAACCUCAGUUUCCUUGUCUGUGAAACAAAUGAUGAUCAUACUUCAGAGCGUUCUGGAAGAUGAAAUGAGUGUAAAGUACUCAGAAGGGUGACUGGCAUGCAGUCAUCCCUCAAUAAGUAUUGACUAAAGUUGGUCCUCUUUCCCCAGACCCUUAUGGGCUGAGCGCUCUUAAUCUCCCCUCUACUUGACUCUGCAGGAGAAGAUGGGGAGCCCCGAGGAUGACCUGAUUGGGAUUCCAUUCCCGGACCACAGCAGUGAGCUCCUGAGCUGCCUCAAUGAGCAGCGCCAGCUGGGCCACCUAUGUGACCUCACCAUCCGGACGCAGGGCCUUGAAUACCGCACCCACAGGGCUGUGCUAGCUGCCUGUAGCCACUACUUCAAGAAGCUUUUCACUGAGGGCGGUGGCGGAGCUGUCAUGGGGGCUGGGGGCAGCGGGACGGCCGCUGGGGGAGCAGGGGCUGGCGUGUGUGAGCUGGACUUUGUAGGGCCAGAGGCACUAGGCGCCCUCCUUGAAUUUGCCUAUACAGCCACACUGACCACCAGCAGCGCCAACAUGCCAGCUGUGCUCCAGGCUGCCCGCCUGCUGGAGAUCCCGUGUGUCAUCGCUGCUUGCAUGGAGAUUCUGCAGGGCAGUGGGCUAGAAGCUCCCAGCCCAGACGAGGAUGACUGUGAGCGAGCCCGCCAGUAUCUGGAGGCCUUUGCCACAGCCACGGCCUCUGGAGUUCCCAAUGGUGAAGACAGUCCUCCACAGGUGCCCCUCCCACCACCUCCGCCACCGCCACCUCGGCCUGUUGCCCGCCGCAGCCGCAAGCCCCGGAAAGCUUUCCUGCAAACCAAGGGGGCCAGAGCAAACCACCUAGUCCCUGAGGUGCCCACAGUGCCCACCCAUCCCUUGACCUAUGAUGAGGAGGAGGUGGCAGGCAGAGUGGGCAGCAGUGGGGGCAGUGGGCUGGGGGACAGCUACAGCCCUCCCACAGGAACUGCCUCCCCUCCUGAGGGGCCCCAGAGCUACGAACCCUAUGAGGGUGAGGAAGAAGAAGAGGAGCUGGUAUAUCCCCCAGCCUAUGGGCUGGCACAGGGUGGCGGGCCCCCGCUGUCCCCAGAGGAGCUGGGCUCAGAUGAGGAUGCCAUCGAUCCUGACCUGAUGGCCUACCUAAGCUCCCUGCACCAGGACAACCUGGCACCAGGCCUGGACAGCCAAGACAAGCUGGUGCGCAAACGCCGCUCUCAGAUGCCUCAGGAGUGCCCUGUCUGCCACAAGAUCAUCCAUGGGGCAGGCAAACUGCCUCGCCACAUGAGGACCCACACAGGCGAGAAGCCCUUUGCCUGCGAGGUCUGCGGUGUUCGAUUCACCCGGAACGACAAGCUGAAGAUCCACAUGCGGAAGCACACGGGAGAGCGCCCCUACUCGUGCCCGCACUGCCCAGCCCGCUUCCUGCACAGCUACGACCUCAAGAACCACAUGCACCUGCACACGGGGGACCGGCCCUAUGAGUGCCACCUGUGCCACAAGGCUUUCGCCAAGGAGGACCACCUACAGCGCCACCUCAAAGGCCAGAACUGCCUGGAGGUGCGCACCCGACGGCGCCGCAAGGACGAUGCACCACCCCACUACCCGCCACCCUCUACCGCUGCUGCAUCCCCCGCUGGCCUCGACCUCUCCAAUGGCCACCUGGACACCUUCCGCCUCUCUCUAGCUCGAUUCUGGGAGCAGUCAGCCCCCACUGGGCCCCCAGUCUCUACCCCGGGGCCCCCUGAUGACGAUGAGGAGGAAGGGGCACCCACCACACCCCAGGCUGAAGGUGCCAUGGAGUCCUCUUAAAGAGGGACGAGGGCCAGACUGAAGCAGCACAAGGCCGGGGACACCCAUGCCAAGCAGUGGGAGCAUGCAGGACAGACACAGCAGGGGUCUAGGGCACGGAGCCUUGCUGGCAUCAGCACCAGCCCUUCCUCCCAGAGCCCUCAUUCCAAUUCCAAGCUAAGAAGGUAUUGGGGCAGAGACUCCCCAAAUUGGGGUGAUGCCCCAUGGAGUGAUACAUAUAUUGUGUAUAUAUUUACAGCUGUAUUGUAAAAGUGGGGUCCCUGUCCCCAGCUGCUCCUGGGGAGUAGAAGCAAUAAUGUAUUUCUGAUUUGUGGGUCCCACUUCGGCUAUGCGGGUUUCUAGGGGGUGGGGGCUUGGGACCAAAGCCUUGCCCCGCCCCUAUGCCCCUUGGGGGUUUUGGCUGUGUAAGGGGGUGAAGGACUGCCCCUCCCUUCCGAGACCCCUCCUUCCUGGUUUCUGUUCCUUUUUCCUGGCAGUGAAUUAUGCAAAGGGGGCCGGCAAAGGAAGGGUAGGUGGGGGAAAGCCAGGUGGAAGCUUGAAAGACUGGGGGACUGGGCCUGUAAGGAAGGAGCCAUCCCAGUCCCCCUCCGCCCUGCUCCCGGCGCUGAGUCAUGGGGUCGUGGAGAAGGGGGCGGGGUGGCCUGAUUGGCUCGCCCGCCCCUGGGGGCAGUGGAGGCUGCCCCGCCCAGCUAGGGGAGCCGCUCCGUUCCACUCCCCUCCCUGUCCCUCCCUCCCCGCGGCCCUGGGCAGGGAAUGUCUUGUUCCCGCCGCUCCCUCCCCGGGGCCAGAGGGCAGGGCGGGCCGGGCGGCGUCCUACCCUCUUCUCCUCCUCCCCAUCUCCUCCCCGCCCAGGUGCGAGCCGGAGCCGCCGCCACCGCUGCCGCCCCUGACUCACGCUGCCCCCGGGCUGGCGCAGCGAAGGGUGUGGGACAGGGUAAGGGGUUGGAAGAGCCUUGUGGAGAGCGGGCGAGCCGGCGCCAUCUGGCGGCCAUGCUCUGAGUGGGCGAGCGCCCCCCACGGCCACUGGAGCGAGCUGUCUUCACGCUCCUCAUCCACCCCAGCUGGUGAGCGGCGCCCCCUUGCCAAGGCAGUGGGCACAGAACUUCUCACUUGGCCGCAGGAAAAGGGGCUGCGGACCUGUGGGAAAGUGAUCCCCUUCCCAGAUCCUUGCCAGCCGGGCUUCCUGUCAGGCAGGGGAGAAUAAUCCCCUCACUCUUCUCUUAGGAUUGAAUCCACCCCCAUUCUGUACAUAGCCUCUUCUGUUGGUCUUGUUGAAAUCUAGUUUCAGAUUUUUAAUUACCCAAUUCUGCUGGGGGUGGGGGACACCCCCCCUUCCUCGCUGGGUGCUGGACCCCUUUUGCAGCCUGGGCUCUGCCUUGCACUAUUUCCCCUUCCUGGCCUGACGGCUCCUCCCCCUCCUUAAAAGGGGCAGGUUCAGGGGCCCGGUGCUCUUCCUCCCUUCCAUGCACCCCUAUGCCCAUUUGCACAGCUGCCCAGGUACCCCUAACAGUGGGGAGGGGUCACAGGGAGGGGGUAGCGGGACCAGUCCCUGUAUCUAUUUAAAAAGUGAUGAUGUAAUAUAUUGGGGUGGCGGGGAGAUCAGGUUGUCCUGGGCCUCAUCUUAGCAUUUCAGGUGAUGGGGGGAGCCCAGGGCUGGGGAGACCUGGGGCCCAGCCCCAGAGAGUGGGGACAAUGUGGCCUCCCUUCUCCCUACUUUCGGCUUUCCCAGUCAGUGCCUUAGGGGGAGAGGCACUCCCCCCCUCCUAUUCCGUUCCCCCCAUCCCAACUCCCCCACCUUGGGUGUAAGCGACAGGAAGAAAUAAUAAUAAUUUAAGAUUCA